AUGGAGGUAAAACAAGAGAGGCGAUCUUCGUGGGGUUGGAAAAGUAUACUUCAGGGACAUCGUAUUUUGGAGCGGGGGCUAAAAUGGAGGGUUGGAGAUGGGCAGAGUAUCAGGAUUGUACAUGAUCCUUGGAUUCCAAAGUUAUGCGCAUUCCAUAUACGGUCUAGGCAUGCGGAGAUGCCAGUGAUGGUAGGGGAGUUAUUUGAGCAUUCUAUGGGAUCGUGGAAAAAGGAGUUGGUACUUAACUAUUUUGAAGAGGAGGAAGCAAAACUUAUAUUGGGGUUGCCAAUUAGUUUAGGUGGUUGUCAUGAUAAACUAAUUUGGCAUUAUUCUAGGAAUGGAAAGUACACAGUCAUAAGUGGCUAUGGAGUGGCUAUGGAUCUUCAAGCAAAUAGGGAAUGGGAUAGGAAGGGUACAGGAAUGGGAAGUAAGAGUAUGAUGUCUGACCGUGUUUGGCAAGAUGUAUGGAGGCUAAGAGUGCCAAAUAAACUGAAGUUUUUUUAUAUGGAGGUGUUGCAACAAUACUUUGGCGGUACGAAGGAAUCUAGCCCGAAGGAGGAUGCGAGUGGAGACGACAUCCGUUUUAUGGACGUGAAUGUCGUCAAAGGGGUGGAUUUUCUGGAAGGUUGGAAGAAGAUUGAAGCACGGUUUAAGGAUGAAGCGGUAAAAGACGAGCUACUACAUGAAGUUGUUUUUGGCCUUUGGAGAAUAUGGAAAUGUCAGAAGGCAUUGGCUUUUGAAGGUGGCUAUGGGUCGGUGGUGCGAGAUUUUGCGGGACUUUUGCACAUGGCUAGUGGGGUGGGAGGCGAGUUUUUCAAUGAUGCAGCUAUGGUGGAAGUGGCUGCAAUUCGUGCAGCUUUGGUGACGUGUGGGGACAUGCAUUAUGAGAUGGUAGAGAUAGAGUCUGAUGCUCUAUCUCUUAUCAACAUGAUAAAUGGGGAAUGUUCAAUUGAUGUAAAUUAG